UUCUAAUCAGUGUUUAUUAUCUUCCAUCAUGUCAUCGCGUGUCAUUAAUCCACGUUCAGUUUUCGAAAUUAAAUGCUUGUGGUUUUUCAGCAGAACGCAAGCGGAUGACGGGAUUUACGUCACAUCCGGUCAGGAAGUCGCAGCAGCUCCAGCUGCGCGUGCUUUUAGGAGCUCCAAGGUGAGCGCGGUGUGUUCCACGCGGGGGCAGUCGAAGGAGGGAAACAUGUGGAAGGCGGUCCAGCUGGCGGUCCGCCGGGCGGGUACGAGAGGAGCCGCUUUUCCUGACCGCCGUUUGCCCGCUGGGGCGUCGGCACCUGGCUCAGAGGCUGCGGCAGGUCGGGAUUUCACCCGGCAACUCUGCAGCAGAGCUGGGAGGAAGACCGGGAACUGGACUGUAGAUCCGGACCGGGAGGAGGAGUUCGUGUUUGUAGAGUAUUCAGAUCCAGAGGAGGGCCAACCCCUCGUUCCUGAGCUAAGCCUCUCCUCCUCUGCUGCUCCUCCUCGGGUUCCUCCUCAUCUGGUUCCUCUUUUGGUUCAUCCCCAGGUUCCUCCUCAGAGACAUCUGAGAUCUCUGGAGCAUCAGCUGACGGUGCUGAGGGGCGUCUCCCAGCAGGAGACUGAGCCUGACUCUCUGAUACAGUUCGAGGACGUGGGCUUCCCUCUGGACUUGAGCGGGGUCUCUUCACAGAAAAGGAAGGAGAAGAAGACAGCAGGUGAGCACCGAGUGUUCGGCACCCCGGACACGGACCAGCCGGUCAGCGACACCUGCUGCUCGGGCUGCGGCGCCGUCCUGCACUGCACAGCUGCCUCCGUCCCGGGAUACCUGCCCAGUGAGAAGUUCAAGGUUCUGCUGCAGGAGGAGCGUCUGAGUAGUGCCACUUGCCAGCGCUGCCACCUGCUGACUCACCAUCGCCAGGCCCUGAGCCUCCACAUGACCUCGGACCAGUACCGGGCCGUGGUGCGCCGGAUCCGCCCCCACAAGGCUCUGGUGCUGCUCGUGGUGGACCUGUUGGACCUCCCCGACUCAAUCGUCCCGAACUUGCCAGACCUGGUGGGGUCCAACAAGCACGUAGUCGUCCUGGGCAACAAGAUCGACCUCCUGCCUGCCGACUCCCCAAACUACCUGCAGCGCAUCAGGCGGCAGCUCACCGGAUACUGCCGGGAUGCCGGCUUUGGGGACCAGGUGACCGACGUCCACCUGAUUAGUGCCAAGACCGGCUACGGCGUGGAGGGCCUGAUCUCCGGCCUGCAGAGGUCCUGGAAGUACAAAGGGGACGUGUACUUGGUGGGCAGCGCCAACGCGGGCAAGUCCACCCUCUUCAACACGCUGCUGGAGUCUGACUACUGCAAGUCCAAGGCUUCAGAACUGGUCCACAAGGCCACCAUCUUCCCCACAUCCCUUGUGGUGCCUUUAGGAACAACUCUAGACCUGCUGAAGUUUCCCAUCAGCAACCCGACUCCCUACAGGAUGUUCAGACGGGAGGAGAGAUUGAAGGAGGCGGCCAGACAGGAGGAGGCGGAGCUGUCCCACGACGAGCUGAGGAGACUGAGACACUUCAGCAAGCAGGGCUACCUAGUGGGUCGUGUUGGCAGAACCUUCCGGUCUAACAUCAGGACCCGGUCAGAUGAGAUAAACUUUGAUCCUGACAGUUUGGCUUUUGGAGAGAAUGACGAUGGAGAGACGAGAAGCUCAACAGCUCCCAGCGCUGAUGAGUUCUCCUUCAACGAGCUGAAAGAUGCUCACUGGCUGUUUGACACACCGGGAAUCCUGAAAGAGCGCGACGUCCUCGGCAUACUGACUGAACAGGAAGUGAUGUCAGUGGUUCCCACUCAGGCUCUGGUUCCCAGGACCUUUGUGUUGAAGCCCGGUACCAGUCUGUUACUGGGAGCUGUGGCCAGGAUCGACUUCCUGGAGGGAGGGCGGUCCUGCUGGUUCUCGGUCCUGGCCUCCAGUCGGGUCCCGGUUCACAUCACCAGUGUGGAGAAAGCCGACCGCGUCUAUGAGAAGCAUGCGGGACACAAGCUGCUAGGGGUUCCUCUGGGGGGGUCAGAGCGCAUGAAGCGGUUUCCUGCGUUGGUUCCUCAGGAGUUCAGGUUGGAGGGGCGGGGCUACCUGGAGGCUGCUGCUGACGUCAAACUGUCUUCUGCAGGCUGGGUUGCCGUGACGGCGGCAGUAGGAGACCAGGUGUUGUUGAGGGUCUUGGGUCCUCCAGCAGUAGGUAUCGGCGUGAGGACCCCCGCUGUUCUUCCUCACGUUGUGACCCUGAAGGGAGAGCGGAUCAGGAAGUCAGCAGCCUACAAACCCACCAAGCCUCCGGGUCUUCUGGACGGAGGCCUGUCGGCCCGCGCAGACCAGAGGCUGCAGCUGAAGAAGAAGAAGUGAGGCAGGUAGGAGGAACCCGUUUCCAUGGUGACGGCUGCUUCCUCCUCAGUCAGCAACCCUUUUGGAUUCACUUACAUGGAGAAACCUUUCCAGAGUGUCCUCAAACGCAUCUGAAGGAGUGAGGAGUCUUGAUGAAGGAGUCAGGAAAACACCGCUGUGGUUCGGAGUGAGGAAGAGUCUCACAUCCGGAUGAAGCCAUAUCCGUGCUCAGAUGUUCCUUUUUGAUUUUCCAUCACUCUUUAAUAAUGACGUCUCGCCUCAUUGUUCUAAAUAAAAUGUGUCUCUACAAGUGAAA